CUGUUUUAUGUUUUAAUAUGCCUAAUUGGCCGUCAUAGGCGAACUUACAAACCUCUUCUGACAUUUUUGACGGAAGUUGACACACAGAACAGAAUGGGAGAUUGAAUUUCAUUGGUCAAUACAAUCGACCUACUUCAAAUUGCGUCAAUCAAAUGUUUGGUAGCAUAAUUGCUUCGGGGAUUUUGAAAAUAUUUCGGAAAAAUCUUAAAAAUAUCCCACAAAAUGGACAAUUACUACAGUUAUGCUGAAAAGAUGGAUUAAUACUUUCAAUUAUGGCUCGUGGAAGAGAGCAUCGACCCAGAUCUUAUCGCGCUAGUUACGUUAAAGAAAAAGGACUUAUAUUUGCAGUUAUACAAUUAAUUUGUGGCGUAGCAUCAUUAGUUCUUGCCAUUGCAAUCAUUGCUAUUGGUGCAUGGGGACAUAUGUAUGGAAUUGGAUUUUGGACUGGUGUGCUAUUUGUUACUGCAGGUGUAUUUGGAAUUGUAGCUUCUAACAAAAUGACAAAAUGUACUAUUGUAUCAUUUCUUAUACUGUCAGUGUUAGCCAACUUAAUUACCAUAUUAUUAUUGGUACAUUCUGCAUUGGGCAUAAAGAUUGAUUCAAACAGUAGAGGCACCAAUUUCCUGCAUAGACAUGAUCCAGGACUAGAAUCAAGUGUGAUCAUUAUUCAUGCAAUGAUGCUUGUUGUAGCUGUGACAGAGUGUGCAUUUUCCUUUUGUUCAAUAUACAUAUGUUAUCGCACUAUCUGUUGUGAAGCUGCAUCUUCCGGUUAUGAUGUUCCAGACGCUCAAAGAGGUGAUGUCCAUUUCUUACCCGAAGACCCUCAGUCUAGACAAAUUAUGAUUGUAACGAGUGAGGGACAAACCACAAAUGUAUAUGCAAUGCCACAGAACACUUUUGUUUCAGAAAGGAACUCUGCCAACAGAGCUGGAACUUUUAGCCAGGUUAUGUAUGUAAUGCCUUCAAGUCCUGGUGCUGUAAGCGAUAUGGAUGAAUCUCUGCCCCCACCUCCAUAUAGAAGUCAACCUGAUGUCACUGAGAGAGUUUUAGAUACAAGUAUGGAUCAUAGACUUUUAAAAGAAAGUGAGACCAGUCAGGAGGAUGACAUUAAACCACCUUUGAGAGCAAAACAAACCACAGUGUAAAUUGCUCUAAAAUGAUUACUGUAAGUGAUUAAAAAACAAUUUAUUUGCCUUUUUGUGGAGCAAGAAGAAACUGUAAUUUGGGUUUAUCUGCCACUUACUGUACUCCCAGUUAAUUUCACGAGUUUUAAUUUCGCGAAUUUUGGGAACACGUUUCCACUGCUAUUAAAUUUCGCAAUUUUUACAAGUUAAAAUCUCAUUCUCUGAAUCCUCAAGUUAUGUGAUAAAGUAACCUCACGUACAGUAAAUACACCUAUCUAAUGGGCUUGAGCAAGCUAUUGGUAGCACUUUCAUAUUGGCACCCAGAAAAAAUGCAAGGCUUAAGAUACAGAUUGGAAAUCAGUG